UUUUCCGCUCUGUGUAAGGUUGUGAGUGAAACAUGGCGGAUUUACAGCAUGCUAGCUCUGAUUUUGUGUUGAUGUAAAGCUGUUAGGAGCAGUGUUCGGGCUGGUUUACACUUUACACUCCGGAAAGGGGAUUUUUAAAUCCCGGUCUUUUCUCUGAGACUGAGGUGAAGGUGUGCGUUGGAGAUCAUGGGGCGUCGAUCCACCUCGUCCACCAAGAGUGGAAAAUUCAUGAACCCUACUGACCAGGCCCGUAAGGAGGCCAGGAAGAGGGAGCUCAAGAAGAACAAGAAGCAGAGGAUGAUGGUGAGAGCUGCUGUUCUGAAGAUGAAGGACCCCAGACAGAUCAUCAGAGACAUGGAGAAACUGGAUGAGAUGGAGUUUAACCCAGUACAGCAGCCCUUGCUGAACGAUAAAGUGCUCCGUGAUAAGAGGAAGAAGUUGCGUGAGACCUUUGAGAGAAUCGUGCGUCUGUAUGAGAGAGAAAAUCCCGAGACGUAUAAAGAACUGCGGAAACUGGAGCUCGAGUACGAGACCAAACGAGGACAGCUAUCCCUGUACUUCGACUCUGUCAAGAAUGCCGAGUCGGUGGAGGUGGACAGUAUUCCUCUUCCUGAUAUGCCUCAUGCACCUUCCAGCGUCCUAAUUCAGGACAUCCCGCUGCCAGGAGCCCAGCCGCCAUCAAUCCUCAAAAAGACCUCCACCUUUGGUAAAGGGACCACGAUGUCAUCUGCAGCAAUUGCUGGGGUUCCUCGGUUACCACCUGGACGUAAACCCCCUGGACCUCCACCUGGGCCUCCACCACCACAGAUACUUCACCUCUAUAAACCAGGAGGCGAGGCUGACGUGGACAUGGCUGAUCGAGACAGCGAUAGCGGCUCAGAGGGAGGAGAGGAAGACAGUGAAUCGGACGACCAGAGUGACGGAGAGGGGGAUGAGCUGUCGGAGAAGAGGGGCAUGGGAAGCCGACAGGAUGAACGAGAGAGGGAUGAGGAGAGAGAAAGAGGUCGCACUGUGCGUUUUGCCGAUAUUCCACAGCCGGCGAAGAAGCGAAAGAAGAGGGUUGUGAAGAAAACGAAGGCUAUUACACCUCUACAGGCCAUGAUGUUGAGGAUGGCAGGUCAGUCGAUUCCAGAGGAAGAGGAGGAGGUUGAAGAGGAGGAGUACACAGACUCCGAUCAGUCCGACAGCGAGAACUUGGAACCCCCCGGCGACAGCCAAUCAGCUCCCUCGCUGAACAGACUCCCACCACCGUCAGCACCAAUGGGAGCACCGCCACCUCAGCAGCAGCCACCACCUCACCUGCAGCCACCGCCAAUCACCGGCCCUCCUCCUUUAGGACCUCCCCCUGCUCCUCCAAUGAGGCCUCCAGGCCCACCCUCAGGUCCGCCUCCCGGGCCUCCACCAGGUGCCCCUCCAUUCCUCAGACCUCCCAAUCUACCUGGUGCUCUGAGGGGGCCGAUGCCUCGUAUGUUGCCCCCUGGUCCCCCUCCUGGGCGACCUCCAGGCCCACCCCCUGGCCCACCACCAGGCCUUCCUCCGGGUCCACCUCCAAGAGGACCUCCUCCCAGGCUGCCUCCCCCAGCGCCACCAGGAAUUCCUCCCCCUCCUCCUCGCGCUGUUCCUCCACGGAUGGCUCCGCCUCUCUCCAUGUUCCCGCCCCCUCUGAACCCCAAUAUCCUGAGUGCCCCUCCCAGCAUUGUUCCUCGUCAGAAGCCGCCAACUUCCUCUGCCACAUCUUCCUCCAGCGAUCCCUCCAUCUUAGCUCCACCUUCUCUCUCUCUCUCCAUCCGCCCAUCGUCUCUGCAGAUGCCCCCCCCUCCGGGUACCGUUCCCACCCCUGUCAAUCCCGCCACCCACACCAUAGAGAAGCGCGCCAACAUCACGAGUGUCCCCGGAGCUGCAGGCCAAUCGGGCGCUGCCACUAUAUCUGCAAAACCGCAGAUCAUCAACCCCAAAGCGGAAGUGACAAGAUUUGUUCCCACAGCACUACGUGUGCGCCGAGAACGAAUGGGCCCACAGGGGGCCAUGUCCACCGAGAAAGGAGGGAGGAGGGAAGAGGAGAGGGUGGGGCACGGCCUCAAAGCAAUGCCCUCAGCAAAUCUUGCCAAGCCCGGUUCAAGCUCCGCCCCUCCCAGCAUGAAGACGAAGGACCAAGUGUACGAGGCCUUCAUGAGAGAGAUGGAGGGGUUACUGUGAGACAAAGGGGGUGGGGUGGGAAAGGUGAAAGAUGAUUGGUCGAAGAGGCGAGGUUAGCGUUAGCAUUUCAUUUCUAUGCUAGCAUCCAUUAAGUGAACCAUUGUUUGUGAGAUCAACAGAGCGAUUCGGUCCUUACGGGAGUUUGAAGCACCAUUUUUAUAUUGAGUUUGUUUUUCUGUAUGUAGAUGUUUAGUGUCGGAGUUGGAGAUGGAAUAAUGUGAUUGUUUCUGAACUAAAAUAAACACCAAAACCCUCUGA